AUGCUACUACAGUCUACAACCUCUCCUACAGCUAACACACACUCCUCUACUGAACACCUCAUCUCAGGGGCAAGUUUAACCCCAUGCCGACGAUGGAAGAUAAAGCUGGAGCCAUGGGCGAAUAGAAAUCACAGUCUUGAAGAUGAAGCACUCAGGUUCAUCAAGUACAUCACAACGCCACAGGUGUCCUGUGAAAUUGCUGAUUCUUCAGUGUUAUGGAGAGACGACGUGCAGGCUCAGAGAUCAUGGGCACUAUGUUUGGAUAACAGAUUCAGCCUGAGUCAAAGAAUCAAUGCUAAACAGUGCCGAGUCUAUUCACUGGGGUUAGGAGAGGAGGACAAGCAGUUGGAGAAACUUUUGGCUAAGGCAGGUUGCGAGGUGCACUGUUUUGACCCCAGCAUUAAAGAGGCUCACCUGCAGGACUCUGACAUGUGGCUUCAUCGAUUGUCAGUAGACUGGAGAGACCCAAACCCUGCCAUGGCUCAGAGGCAGCAUGGUGGCACCAAAAAGCUUGCCGCUAUCCUCAACCACUAUGGGCACAGACAGGUGGAUGUGCUGAAAAUAGACAUGGAGAGUGCUGAAUGGAAGAUUCUAGAGAAUCUAAUUGUGGACGGUGUUCUGUAUUCUGUGGGCGUCCUCCUCCUCGAGGUUCACCUGCACUGGGCCGGGUUCGAAGUGAGCGGUGAUGAGCCAUCUGUUGUGCGCUACUGGUUCAGCCUGCUGAGGGAGCUACAGAAUGCACAUUUUAACCUCUAUCACAGCUACAGCAACCCUGAAAAGCCCAGGCUGUUCCUUCAGAAGAACAUACACAAUGCCAGCAGCGUGUACAUACUGGGAUGGGUCAACACAUGCUACUCACCACAGUGAGGACUGAACAAUUCACCAUGGCACCAUAUAGCCAAGUCAAGGCACUUGGCCAAGGCUCUCAAAUUCUAUCAUCUGCAUUGACUGCUGAUUAGAAAUAAACUGCGUUUGCAAAAAUAUAUAGACAACUGA